AUGGUCACCACAUCAGCAGCAUCAGCCAUCAGCGCUAUAGAGCGCACAUGCUCUGUACCUAGUCUUCUUGGCUCCCUGUUUAUUAUCUCUACCUUCUGUUCAUCCAAGCUGUUUCAUAAGCCUAUUAGCAGAAUGCUCUUCUAUGCCUCUUUUGGAAAUAUGAUGAGCAAUGUCGCUACUCUUAUAUCCAAGAGUUUUAUUCAUCAACCCGAUUCUGCUGGGUGUCAAAUGCAGGCAUUUCUAAUCGAGACAUUUAUGUUUGCUGAUGUCUUUUGGGCCCUAGCUAUGGCAACGAAUGUAUACCUCACUUUCUACCAUCGAUUUGACGGCGUCAGGUUACAUAAAAUAGAGCCACUUUACAUCGCCUUAUGUUACGGCAUUCCUUUCAUCAUAGCUAUCACAUUCCUCUUUGUAAGGAAUAAAGACGGGGCUCGCGCAUACGGGAAUGCGAACUUGUGGUGCUGGCUUACAGUAGAGUGGGAUGCUUGGCAACUUGCCACUUAUGGACUGAUCUGGCUUAUCAUAUUUAUAGCCUUUGCUAUAUAUGUCCGCGCUGGGAUUACGAUCUAUAAAUGGAGGAAUCGCUUGCAUGGCUUCUCAAAUUCGAACGAGUUGAACACUUCGUCCCAAGUCGCGCCGAACUCAGAUCUCCCGGGCAUUGCCAAGACCACUAAGAUCACCAUUACAACUUCAGAGUCUGCUUCGUCUGAUCUCGGCCAGCCUUUUCCACCCGCAACUCGACCCGAGCCAGUUCAUUCAGCCAAUAUUUACACUGGUCUUGCUCCGCCCGUAGCAAAUUCUUCUGACCAACGAAACGUCACGACACAGCACUUGGAUCGCAAAAGACGCAACCCAAGUGAUGAGGCAGCUAUGGCUUAUGCCAAGUGCGCCCUCUUGUUUUUCACAGCAAUGCUUAUCACCUGGAUUCCUGCCAGCGCGAAUCGUCUGUACGUUCUUGUUAACGGUGAGGCAUCCGUGAAGUUAGGAUAUCUAAGCGCCUUUGUGCUCCCUCUGCAGGGCUUCUGGAACGCCUUGAUCUACUAUUAUACGUCUCGAGCCGCGUGUAAGCAGAUUAUUGCUAGUUUACGGACUGGAUGUCGCCGCCUAGAGGAAAGCGAUCCCAACGGGUCUAGCUUUGCUGACAGAAUCAAUGCUGCCGACAUGAAUAAUGAACCGGGUUUUCAGUUAAGCCAGAUAAGAGCUACCAAGAGGGUCCAUGAUUUCGGGGAGACAGAGAGCACCACAUCACUAACAACGAGGGCUUAA